UCAUUAAAACACUUUAUAGUCUCCGAGUUAUAAUUUGAAGCUUGCUCUGAUGUUAAAGAAAAUGAGAAUUUAUAUGUAAAAUACAAUCUUUUCUUUUUUGAGCACUUACGCCCCCAGCCACCCAUUUGCUGUACCACCACCACCACCACUCCCUAUCUUCUUUCUCGCUCUAUAAUCUUUGCUUCUUUUUAUACUAACAAACAUCCCACAUCUUUCUUCACUAAACUCUACUCUUCUUCUCUCACAAAUCCACAAAUGGAAGCCGGAUGGAGGAGUUCUUUCAGUUCUAGUUGCAGCUGCGGCGAUGGUGGAGUUGGCGGUGGUGGUGGUGAUAGCGGGGGACAGAAUUGUAAUUUCUCAGCAAACAAUGCAUGGGAUAUCUGGGACAUUGGUACUACUACUACCACCACUACUACUAACACUGCUUCUGGUACACGUUAUGAUUGGGGCAAUCACGACGCCAGUAGCAUUUCAAGCGCCGCCGCUGCCGCCAGGGGAACGGAGGAGAGUGUGGUCCACGCGCUUCUAUUUGGUAUGACCAGUACUGGCAACACCACCAUCCAAAACAACGCCGGCAUCGGGUCGAAUUCCAUCCACCAGCGGAUGCCUGACCCGCACAUGAUGUGUUUGAAGCUGGGGAAGAGACACUACUGCGAGAACUCCGUCGUACCUGACCGACAUAUGGAGGCGGAGUCAUCAUCCUCCACCAAGAGAGGUAAACCACCGUAUCCGUAUCACCUGACUGAUACCGCAACAACCACCAUCACCGUGUGGCCGUCUUCCCCGGCGGCGGUGGCGCCGAGAUGCCAGGUGGAGGGGUGUGGCGUGGCGCUUUCUGACACCAAGGAGUACUACCGGAGGCACAAGGUGUGUGAAAUUCAUUCAAAGGCUCCAAAAGUUGUGGUCUUGGGGCUUCAACAGAGAUUCUGUCAACAGUGCAGCAGGUUUCACCGCGUGACGGAGUUUGAUGAAGCAAAGCGGAGUUGCAGAAGACGACUAGAAGGACAUAAUCAAAGAAGAAGAAAGGGUACCCUUCCGAAUUCUCUCCCUCGAAACUUCCCUAAUUCUCAAGGUACUUUAAUGGCGGAACGGCAGCUUCGACAAUCACCAACGUCACCGCCUGCAUACCUGCAGAAGCCAGGACGUGCUCUCUCUCUUCUGUCAUCACCGAAAACUGAACCCUGGAUGUCCUCCGGCGACCUGUCGUUAAGAUGCAGCGCUGCGCUUUCUGACCUUAUUGCUGCGAAUCGAGCAACUGCAGUUGUCGGACAUUGCUGGAAUCAAAAUGGUUCUCAACAACAAGUUAUUGAGAAUAUGAUCCACACGCCUCCUGACACACAAAUGUGGGAUCGAUUCAACGAUGACGAUCAUACGACCAUGACGCUUGACCUAAUGCAGGCUAGCUCCAGCUUUGGAUUUUGGCCUUUUGUCCACCAAGGUGAAGUCUAGCCUGGGAGACCCUUCUGUAUUAAAAAAAAUAAAUUAAAAUUGUGUAUUUGUUUUUCUUCUUUUCAAGUGUUUCACUUUCACCUAAUAAUGGAUUUUGUACCAUUUCAGAAUUCAAAUACAAAAAAGUUGUAUGUUAUGUUA